AUGAUGAUUAUGAACUGGCUUUUGUCGUCAUGCUCAAUGGUAGACACUAAUCUGUACACUUUUGCGUUCCAGAUUCGUGUCGUCAAUGCGUUUCGUAUGGGCAUUGAACGCAGGGAACCCAGUCUUUCCGGCCCAUCUGUUCAACGUCUGCGCGAAAUCUCACGCCAGUUGCAGUUACAGCAGAAGCAGCGUUCGCGCACCACCUCUAUCGCUUUUCCAUUCUCCGCUCUUAAUAUCCGAUCUUUAUCUACCCCCUCCGGUCAGCCGAAGGGGUACACAUGUAUUGUGCUUCGCGGCACGAUUUCAUUUCUCGUCUUUUACUUCAGUAGCUUCAUCUGUGGUGAACGCGGUCUGCAGCUCAGGGUCUUGGUGACGUUGUCGUCGCUUGACUCAUCCGCCACCCUCUCAGAACGGAGGGGAUUCACCACUUCCGUACUGAUGUGUACUUUCUGCCGAUUUUGAUU